CGUGCAGCUCCCACGGACCCCGACCGCGAGCCGUGCGUGCAGGAAGGCUCGGGGCAGCGCGGGCCGCGCGCGGGGAAGGAGGCGGAGGGAGCAGGCGGCGGAGGAGGGCGCAGGGGAGGAGGAGGAGGAGACACAUGCGCGCUGCCGCCGCCGCCGCAGCAGUCCGCGGCUGCCCGGGGACAGGAAACCUUCAAGACUGAGCCGCCGCGGCCGCCUCCCGUCCGCCCCCAGCCGCGCGCCUGCCCGCAGCCUGCUCGCCUGCUGCCGGCGUCUCUCCGUGGAGCACCCUAGGGACUCGGCAGCGGCUGCCGAGGGGAAAAGCUGCGACCCCCCCCGCAGGAGCGGCGGGGCGGGGUGGGGGGGCGCGGGCGAAGAUGGCGACGCCGGCAAGCGAACCCCAACCUUUCGUCCCUGCCCUCUCGGCGGCUAGCCUGCACCCUCAUCAUCACCCUCACCACCACCACCACCAUCACCACCACCACCACGGGGGCACCGGGGCUGGCGGCGGGACUGGCGGCGGCGGUGGCGGCGGCGGCAGCGGCGGGGGCUUCAACCUGCCCUUGAACCGGGGUCUGGAGCGCGCGCUGGAGGAGGCGGUCCACUCCGGGGGCUUGAACCUCAGUGCCAGGAAACUGAAGGAAUUUCCCAGGACCGCGGCCCCCGGCCACGACCUCUCGGACACGGUGCAGGCAGAUUUAUCUAAAAACAGACUGGUUGAAGUUCCAAUGGAAUUGUGCCAUUUCGUAUCACUGGAAAUUCUUAAUCUGUAUCACAAUUGCAUCCGAGUCAUUCCCGAGGCCAUCAUCAACCUGCAGAUGCUGACUUACUUAAACUUGAGGUAGGUUAACUGUGAACUGUGUCAGGUUCAAUGAAGAAAGACAACAUAGUUUUGCUUUUUUUUUUUUUUUUCUGUCAUUUUCCCUCUUUGCAAUUCCUUGACCAUUCUUAGAAAUAAGCCACCAUGGAGAUCAUUUAAGAAAUACCUUUUUGUAAUGAAUUUAUAGUGCCUUUAAUACUGCUGUUGGUACUAGACUUUCUGAAUGUCAUAUGACAAGAUUUUUUGAAAAUGAUUUACAUUGUAUUAAUCUUUCUUUAAUUGGAAUUUGUAAGGUUGUAGGCAUGCCAUUUUCAGAAACUAAGGUAGAUUUUGUCAGAUCAGAGGGAAGGGUAAGGGAGAUGACAAAGAUUAUGAAUUCCAGGUUCUUGGCUUCAGCUUCGUCUACUCCCAGCUGUUGCAGGCACUGGGGAAUGAAGCAGUGGAUAGAAGAUUCUCUCUCUCUCUCUCUCUCUGUCUCUGGACUUUCAAGUAAACAAGUAAAAUAGAAAUUGAUUAAUUAAUUUUUGAAAGGUAUUCAUGGGGGCCAGUACUGUGGUAUAAUAGAUUAAGCCUCUACCUGCAGCACCAGCAUCCCGUACGUACAGUUCAUGUACCGGUUCAAGUCCUGGCUGCUCCACUUCUGAUCCAGCUCUCUGCUAAUGGCCUGGGAAAGCAGUGGAAGAUGGCCCAAGUCCUUGGACCCCUGCACCCACGUGGGAGACUCAAAAGAAGCUCCUGGCCCCUGACUUUAGAUUGGCCCAGCUCCAGCUAUUGGCUGCCCUUUGGGGUGUUGUUUUCUUUGGGGAGUUGUUUCCUUUGGUGAUGAGACCUCUCUCUCUCUCUCUCUCUCUCUCUCUCCCUCUCUCCUUAUCGAUGUCUGGAUCUCUGCCUCUCAAAUAAAUAAAUAAAUCCUUAAAAAAUAAAAAAGGCAUUGAAGAGCUAAGACAAAUUUUAAAAGCGAGAAACAAAAUGUGGUGAGUCUCUAGGUGUUCUUGAUAACAUUGAGCCCAUUCACUGUAAGCCUCCCAAAGAAAGUUAAGGAACAGAAAGUCACUCUAGCCAUCGAUAAAGUUUGCUCUGUUAUAGCCUGCUAAAGUCAGUCUGUGCUCUCGGAGGACGGUUUAACGCUUUGACUCCCAGAGUGUGCAUGACAUAGGUUAAGUAACAUAUCAGCAACCCUGGUAGCCCUGGAGUGGGGUAAGUAAGUGACUCUAAGGCCUUGUUUUAGGUUUUCAAGCUGAGUGGUGCUUUGGUCACAUUCUGGCUCCUUACUUCCAAAAUCCUUGCCUCGAGUUUGGGAUUUCAGAAGAGAGAGUGGAACUGUUUUAUCAAACUCUCUCUAUUAUGAAAAUGAGCCCAUAGAGUUCACGCAUGUCAGUUCUAUCAUCUUCGUGCAGAGGGUGGCACCUGAAGAAUCCCAGGGGCCAGCGUCGUGGAGCAGCUUGCGAUGCUGGUGUCCCAUAUCGGAGCGCAAGUUUGCCUUCUGUGUAUUCUGCUUCCAAUCCAGCUUCCUGCCAAUGCACCCUGGAAGGCAGCAGAUGAUGGCCCAUGUGCCUGGGCCCCUGCCACUCAUGUGGGAGACCUGGAUGGAGUGCCUGGCUCUUGACUUCAGGCAGGCUCAGAGCUGCCUAUUAGGAAGUGAACCAGUGGAUGAAAGCUCUCUGUCCCUCUCUCCUUUCAACUCUCUCCUUUUCUCCCCCCUCCCCACCCUCUGCAUUUCAAAUAAAUAAAUAAGUUUUAAAAAGAAACCUUAGAAUUCCAAUGCACUUGGUAGGGCAUCACUUUAUGAAAGAAACAAAAGAGGAUUUUUUUUGGGUGAGUUACUGAGAAUUAGGAGGCUUUUCCAAUGCUUUUUAUUGCAGCUAAAAAAUUGGUUUCCUUUGCAUAUCCAUAAAAGUGCGUAUGUUUUUCAUCAGAAUUGCAAAAAAAAAAAAAAAAAAAAAAGAAGAAGAAGAAGAAGAAACAAAAAACCUAGGCUUGUUUGUAAGCGGUUUAAUUUCUUUUCCACAAAUAAGAUAUAGGUUACUGUUAGGGUGAUCAAAAGGCUCAUAUAUCUGAUCCUCAAUUUUGCAGGUUCCAAUUCAUCUGACUGUUUUUUUUCCCUGCUGUUUCUGCCACAGUGGAAUGUCAGCUACCUUGGAGUGGCCUAGUGGAACUACCCAUAAUGGUGUUUGUAGAUUUUGGUUCAGUGUCUCCCUUAGAUAUCUAUCCUGUAUUCCCAACCCCCAAAAGGAAACUAUUCCCAAAACCUACAGAGCAGUCACAUAUCUCCCCACUUUUGUCUUGCUGUGGCAUUUCUGUCCCUAUUGGUUCUACAGGCAAUAAGUAAAUUAAUUUAACUGGAUUGUUGUGUUAAGUCUGUGUGAGCUGAGCAGCUUCUGGGUGUGGAUGGUAGUGUUCUUCUAGGAUGCUACAGAGUAUAAAAUUUUUAAAACAAAAACGCUAGAUAAUAAUAUAAUCUUAAAAUUUAUUUCAUACUUUUAAAGCAUUAGUAACACUUGUUAUGGUAUGGUGAUUUUUUUGUUGUUCUACAUAGUUGAAAGUCGAUUGCUGCUAUCUGUAGAUGAGUAGGAAGAGUAAGAUGGAACAUGGAUCUCAGAAUGCUUUAAUGCGAGGACAUAGGGAAGUCGUUGAUGCUGAUCAUGUCCCAAGAAGACCUUGUACUUUAUAAACGGUUAUGUGAUGAAUUCCGAGGGGAUGGCAAGGAGUAAGAAAUGAAGGGACUGUUGAGCACCCAACUGUUCAGUUUUGUUUUUCACCAUAAUGAUUUAAUGUCAUGCUUGCCUCUCUCUUUGCUUCCAUUUGUGUUGGUCAUAUUUGUGUUGUUUCUUUGCUCAAAUCUGCUACUUUGAAUGCUCCUGUGACUGAGACUUAUUCUCUGUUGACUCAUGUGCCUUUUGCAAGAACUGGAUGGAAUUAAGAAAAAGUACAUCUCUUCUCAGAGGUAGUGUGGAAGACAUGUGAGCGACAUAUGACCAUCUAAGCUUUUGGAAGGCCAGACACUAUAAAUACAUACAGAAUUAUUUUUAUUCUUCCUUUAAAAAUUGCUGAAUGAGUGUAAAUGUGUAAACAUGAAAUUGUGUUGAGGACAGGCUUUAAAGUGAUCAGGAGGCUGGUCAAUUACAAGUCUUUUUUUUUUUUC